GUGAAAACACACAGCUUGCGUUGACCAAUAGAGAGGAGAGAAACCCGGAAGUCCACGCCUUCUUGUUUACGUCAUCGUUUCGCGCGGGAGACUGGAAAACUUCAUUUAUUGGCGCCAAUAACGAGGAGGACCUGCGAUGCCCUGCGAGAGAAAGCCCAUUCGCUACGGCCACUCGGAAGGACAGACGGACGUCUGCUUUGACGAGCGCGGCAAAUACAUCGUUACGUGUGGAAGCGAUGGAGACGUACGCGUGUGGGAAAGUCUAGACGACGACGAUCCUAAAUCCAUAAACGUCGGUGAGAAGGCCUACUCCGUAGCGCUGAGAGGCGGGAAAUUAGUCACCGCCGUUUCCAACAACACCGUUCAGAUCCACACGUUUCCCGACGGAGAUCCCGAUGGAAUACUCACCCGUUUCACCACCAACGCAAAUCACGUCACCUUUAACUCCAGUGGCACAAGAGUCGCCGCUGCCUCCAGUGACUUCCUGAUAAAGGUGAUCGAGGUGACGGACAGCAGUCAGCAGAAGACUCUGCGCGGUCAUGACGCGCCCGUUAUCAGCGUGGCCUUUGACCCCAGUGAUGAGUAUGUUGCCUCCUCCAGUUGUGACGGCUCGGUGGCAGUCUGGUCUGUAGAGGAGCAGACUCAAGUGGCGAACUGGAAGGUGCUGCAGAAGUCGAGUGACGUGAGCAACGCUAAAUCUCUAUGCAGACUCGCAUGGCAAGGAUCUGGGAAGCUGCUUGCAGUUCCAGUGGAUAACACAGUCCAGCUGUAUGAGAGAGACACCUUGACUCAUGUUGGCACUCUUUCUGAUGAUCUCCUCACUCAGGUCGUAAACGUGGUGGUUUGGUCACCGUGUGGGAAGUUUCUGGCAGCAGGAACAGUAGGGGGAUCUCUCUCUAUCUGGGACGUCGACGCUAAGCUGUGCAUCGAGAGGCAGAAGCAUGAGAAAGGCUACACGGUGUGUGGCAUGGCCUGGCAUCCUGCCGGAGGACAGAUCGCUUACACAGACACCGAGGGCUGCCUGGGCCUGCUGGAUGGAGUGUGUGCAUCUUCAUCCUCCUCCUCAUCUUCCACUACCACCAAGAGCCCCACGGGCGAGUAUAAAGAGCAGAACGGUUAUGACGACCUGUUUGAUGAGGAUGACGGCGGCGACCUUCUAGACGAAUGUCAGAGUGUGCCGGCAGGUGAAGAGGAAGACGACGACGACGAGCUCCUUCCCGCCACUCGCAAACCGCGCAACAGAGGGAACGUCCUAGAUGAUGACGAGAACUCUCGAGACACGGGCUCGGUGAAGGCGGAUCAUUUAGCCGAGGAUGACGCAGAGAGCGGCGUUUCCCCCGCAGUGUUGCCCCCUGCUGCAGCAGCGCCACGCCCGCUAUACGAGGGUCCGAUGCCCACUGCGCCACAGAGAGCCUUCCAGCCCGGAUCCACGCCGGCACACCUCAUGCACCGUUUUAUGGUUUGGAACUCAGUGGGUAUCGUGCGCAGCUACAACGAUGAACAGGAUAAUGCCAUCGACGUGGAGUUCCACGACUCUGCUGUCCAUCACGCCAUGCACCUCACCAACACGCUGGAGCACAGCAUAGCCGAUCUAUCCCAGGAGGCCGUUCUGCUCGCCUGUGAAGGCACAGAGGAACUAGCUAGCAAGUUGCAGUGCCUGCACUUCUCUUCAUGGGACACGAAUAAGGAGUGGAUAGUGGACCUGCCAAAAGGCGAGGAUGUGAUGGCGCUGUGUCUGGGACAAGGCUGGGUGGCGGCGGCUACCAGUGUCAUGUUGGUGCGCCUGUUCUCCAUCGGCGGUGUUCAGAGAGAAGUGUUCAGCCUGCCGGGUCCUGUAGUGUGCAUGGCGGGACACGGGGAGCAACUUCUUAUAGUCUAUCACAGAGGGACGGGGUUUGACGGAGAUCAGGCUCUCGGGGUGCAGCUUCUGCAGCUCGGCCACAAAAGAAAGCAGAUCAUCGGCGGUGAACCUCUUCCCCUUUCCCGCAAGUCGCACCUAACAUGGAUGGGCUUCAGUGCCGAAGGAACACCGUGCGCCGUGGACUCGGAGGGCGUGGUGCGCAUGCUGAACCGCUCUCUGGGAAACACGUGGACUCCUGUGUGUAACACCAGAGAGAGCUGCAAGAACAGGUCGGAUCAUUACUGGGUGGUCGGCAUAUACGAGAACCCCCAGCAGCUCAGGUGCAUUCCCUGUAAAGGAUCCAUUUUCCCGCCGACUCUUCCUCGUCCCGCUGUGGCCAUCCUGCCCUUCAACCUGCCCUUCUGCCAGACCAGCACAGAGAAAGGCCAGAUGGAGGAGCAGUAUUGGCGCUCAGUGCUCUUCCAUAAUCACUUCGGCUACCUGUCGUCCAGCGGCUACGAGACGGACGAGGCGAGUCAGAGGGAGAAGGAGAAGGAGCAGCAGGAGCUGCUGAUGAAGAUGUUCGCACUGUCGUGUAAGCUGGAGCGCGAGUUCCGCUGUGUGGAGUUGGCUGGGAUGAUGACGCAGAGCGUCGUUUCGCUCGCCAUCCGCUACGCUUCACGUUCCAGACGCAUGCUUCUUGCUCAGAGGCUCAGUGAGCUCGCUCUAGAGAAGGCCAGUCAAGUACAGGAGGAAGAGGAGCCAGAGGAGGAAGCAGCCUAUUACAGCCAGCCACAAAAUGCACGGUCGAAUCUAGCAAGUCGAGUCGCCAGGCGCUCGAGCGGCAGAGCCGCACAGGAAGACGGCGAUGAAGACGAGCAGGAAGACGAAGAUGCUCAGGAAGCACCGAUGGAAGCUGAGGAAGAACCAGAAAGCAAGAAGUCACGUGUGAAUCCGUUCAGUAAAGGCACGAAAUCACCUGAAAAACCUUCCAUCAGACCAGUCAGUAAAGAAGGUCGUGUAAACCCCUUUAAGGUCAGUGGAUCAGGAAAGCCGUCAUCAUCUCCGUCACCACAACCCAGAGCUACUAAUGUUCUAGACACCAUGACGGCAUCCAACAGGAAACACACGGCAUCGACUAAAGCUCCAGUGAUAAAGCCUCUGGCACCGAAACCACGCUCCAAGGCUCAGACUACACUGCUGCAGAUGAGCACGUCUAAAGGAGCGUCUAAGAAGCCGGAGGAGAAGGAGACGGAGAAACCGAGGGCAGAGAAACCUGCAGCAGAACCUGGAGACAACGUGGAGAACACCAGACCAAGGACCGGGUUCCAGCUGUGGCUCGAGGAGAACAGGAAAAACAUCCUCGCCAACAACCCGGACCUGGAGGAGAUGGACAUCAUUAAAGAGGCCAUGAGUCGCUUCCGCACGCUGUCAGGGGACGAGAGGCUGAAAUGGACCGAGAAGGCGAAAGGCUCAACAGGAGAGAGUGCAGACCUCAAGAAAAGAAAGCGAGACGAUGAGGGGAAUAAUGAAGCGGGCGGGCAGGUGGACACAGACGAAAACAGUGCAAAGAAGAAAAAACCUUCGGACACUUCGGCUAAACUCUCUGCUUUUGCCUUCAACAAAAAUUAAUUCUCCCUGUAUCAGUGUUUGUAUUAGUAUUAAGCAUUUCUCCUUUUUUGUCUUGUUUGUACAUAUUUCUGUGAACUGUUUAACUACUACGGUGUAUGAAACCAGAGGUAAAUAAAAUGUUGACUUUUAUAA